CUUGAGCUUUGUCUAAUCUACUGGUUCUUGACUUCUUGUCCUAGCCUAGCGUGACAAUCACAUCGCAGUGACGAGUUUUUUUUUUUUAUCGAGAGACUUGACUUCUGCAAUAAUGGCGGGGAUCGCAAGCCCUAGCCCUACGGCUCUUUGUUUCACCAGUGAUCUCGGGACAAGGCGGUUGAAAGCGGUGAGCUGGUCCGGAAAGAGCGUCUCUGGUAACAAUAAUAUCCGCCGGAGAAGUCUGAGAGUUGCGGCUGAGGUGAAGUUCGUGAAUGCAGAGGAAGCAAAGAAGUUGAUAGCAGCAGAAGGUUACAAGGUUGUGGAUGUGAGAGACAAGACUCAGUUCGAGAGAGCUCAUAUAAAGUCUUGCCACCACAUCCCUCUCUUCAUCUUCAACGAAGACAACGAUCUUGGGACGAUAGUGAAGAGGACAGUGCACAACAACUUCUCAGGGCUCUUCUUUGGUCUGCCCUUCACGAAACUGAAUCCGGAGUUCGUUAAAUCCGUUAGAAACGAGUUUUCACAGGACAGCAAACUGUUACUGGUUUGCCAAGAAGGUCUCAGAUCUGCAGCUGCUGCUAGUAGAUUGGAGGAAGCAGGUUACGAUAACAUUGCUUGUGUAACAUCAGGGUUACAGUCUGUUAAACCAGGGACAUUUGAGUCGGUUGGUUCAACGGAGUUGCAGAAUGCAGGCAAGGCAGGGCUUAUCACAAUUCAAGGCAAGAUCUCAGCUGUCUUAGGAACAGUUCUCGUCUGUGCUUUGUUGUUCAUAACGUUCUUUCCUGAACAGGCAGAGAAGCUGUUUCCUUCAAGCUAAGACGAGAGAAUCGCAAUGAUUGGUUCAGAAAAGUUUUUACAGUUUCAGCGUGUAUGUAUGUAGAUGCUUAAGGAACAAUGAAAGAAUCUUAAAAUAUUUGAAAUUUUGAAGUAGUUACAAAAACA